CCAGGGGCCCGUGCAGGCUCUCGGCGGCCAUGCCUGCCUGUACUUGUUAUUGCUUAUUUGGCCAUUGGGAAUACAGAAACAAACCCGUUUCUUGUGCGUUUUCUUUUUCCUUUCAACUGUAAAUGCUUAUACAUUUCACAUGUUCAAGACUCAAGUAAAGAUGAAAACUACACGAAACAUUCCUAUCAGCCCCAAAUACCGAAAUUCAGAGAACACUUUAUUUAAACUGAUUUCCCAUAUAGUACGAACUAGUUUGGACCGUUUCGACUAGUAAAUAUCCCGCUACUAAUAAGAAAUUCAUAGUAAGAGCGUGGGCAGAAGAUGAUAUGCCUCUCAGUGUGUGCACAUUCACAGACUUCUAAAAUAUCGAGACUGGGUAGGUAACCUCCAUUUGCUGCGGAAUUAAAAUGGCUGCCCCCAUGAAAACGGAAAUACGCAAGCUGAGAAAGAAGUUAAGACAGAUUGAAAAUCUGGAAAGACUAAACAGGCUAUUAGAUCAGCAAGAGGAAGAAAAGAUUGCACGAAAAGAUGAACUCAGAGAACAGCUUCAGGAACUCCUGGUUAAGCAAGAAAUGUACGAUGAGCCAGCAUAUGAACCAGACGUGUGUGGUCCAACUACUAUUGAAAAUGAAUAUAACAGUGAGAGAAACAGUGAAAGACUUCACUAUGAAGGCUUACCGCCUGCAGAGUCUGAGAGUCAGUCAGAAAAUUCAUUAAUCUUCACCAAGAGAAGCCCCACAGACCAGAAGAAAAAUACUUCAGGUGACCCAAGUAAAAUGUAUGAAGAAAAAGUUGCAUCUGAAGAGGAACAGUUUUCCAAAGAUGCAGAAUCCAUUAAAAAUGCACGGAAAGACUGGAAGAAGCUGAAAGUGCUGGUGACAGAAUUGGAGGGCCACAGUGACUUGGUUACGUCCCUUUCUUUUGCUGGCAACAUGAUUGUCACUGGAAGUCGUGACACAACCUUGAAGGUAUGGGACUUGGACACAAAAGAUGAGGUACGCAGUUUUGGUGGUCAUACAGAGGCGGUAACAAGUAUCCUUGUUCUUUCCCUAGAAGAGUCUUCUUUUCUAGCUGAAGCUCUUGGGACAUCACCAACUGAUCACCUGAUCAUUAGUGGCUCUACAGACUGUACCGUGAGAACAUGGUCCCUUGAUUCUGGUAAAAUGCUGCAGUCUGUGUACACAUUCAACUCUGUUACAUGUGUCGGAUAUAGUUACCAUGCACACAAGCUAGUCACAGCAUCAGAUGGUGGCAAAUUGGAGUUGUGGGACCUGAGAACUGCUGAAAAUGUCCAUUCUGUUCAACCACAUGAAUCCAGCGUUACAGGGCUUAAGAUUGUUGACAGCUGUGUUUACAGCUCCUGUGCAGAUGGGCUGUUGAUGGUUCAUGAAAUUCGCUCCAACAAAUUCUCGCGUACUUUUGUAUCAGAGGACAUUAAGCCAACCAAGAGGAAUGGUCGAAUCACCCAGCGCCCUGUCAGAUGUCUGGAAGUUGCUGGGUCCACUAUUUUGUUUGGAGAUGAUGCCUUUAACAUUAAACUGCUAAACUGGCGAAAAGGACUAGUCAGCAAGCUGCCAAACCACAAAACAGAAUUUUCGUCUACGGAUGCAUUGUGUGUCUGUGACAAUCUUCUGAUAAGCUCUAGCUAUGACUUGGAUAAUGGCCUUGGAUACCUCAAUGUUCGCACGUACCCGGGUGGCGAGUACUUGGCCACCUUGGAUGAUGACGACACCAGGAAGAUCGUCUGUCUGAGUUGCGCACGCCUUCAGUCUGGCACUAUGGUUGUUGUCACGGGUGGCUGGGAGCUCAAGGUCUGGGAGCUGCUGACGUCAGGAUCGAGUGGAGUAAGCGCGGAAGCAGACGAACAGCCGCUAGCCACGCGCUACAUCGCGAAACUGUCGCACCCAGCGCGCGACUCGGAAGUGGAGUCUGACGUGGAGGAGGAGGAUAGCGAGGACAGCGACGAGGAUGAGGACGGCAGUGAGGGGGGAGGCCGAGUGUCGGUCGACUCCACGUCGGAGCCCAGCAGCUGGUUGGCGUGGUGCAGCCUGUUGUGACGCUGCCACGUGACUCACGGUCCUGAAUUUUAUCUGUGCAUUACUGUCUAGAGGGCAUUCACCUUGCUGUGUGCGCGUGUGCGUGUGUGUGUGUGGGUUGGUAUGUGGGUGGCCAUGUGAUAUGACGAUGUGAGAACAGGGGAGAAAACCAUGAAGUCUGAAUGCUCUGGAUUACUUUGCGUUGCUUAUUGCCCGUUCUGCCCGGCACUUCACACUCCAUCUCUUCAGUAACACAAGUACAUGCACGUUCCAUGCUUGCUGUGCAGCGCUUGUCCUGUCGCACGCUUCACUGUGCAGAGGGCGUGACGAGCUUGCGAAAGCUGGGGCAAAGGACCCCAACGUCCUGUGCUCUGCCUGUAGCGCCCCUUGUCUGCAAGGGAGGUAAUUAUGGCUUCUGGAAACUUGAGUUUUCAUAUACAGGAACAGUAUACCUACCUGGGAGCUGUAAUUCUGUGGAAAAAAACACAGAGUUUCUGUCUUUCAUUUUAAGAUUAAAGAAUAUGUUUUAAUAACCAAAAUCCGUGUUAUACUUGUAAGGGCAUUUUUAAAAAACACAGCUUCAGAAUGUAUUGUUAGCUGUUUGGACUAAAGCAAUGUUUAGGGUGUUGGUUUUUGUUUAAUGUACAAAUGCUACAGAUUGUUGGAUGAUUUUUUGGCUUCACAGCUUGCUUAAAAAAAAUUUACAGAGAAGUCUGUGUUUGGGGUUUUU